AUUCCAUUUGUUUUUGAUUGGUUUUAUGUGACGAAGCGUGUGUGGCGUGUGCUCUGCUGCGCUGUGGGCAGUGUGUGGUACUGCCUUCUCUUUUUUGCCGCUUUGGAUUUGAGGACAUGCGUUUCCUUAUCGCGGCUGGGGCGCAUGGCUCUUAGACUACGACUCCUCGCGUGCCUUUGGGGACCGUACGGACAAGAUUGGCGACACGGGGUUCCUGGAGUUGUUUUCGAGCUCCUUUUGGCCCAGUGCGAACGGCCCCCGCCGCGGCAAGCGAUGGCGGCGAGGAGGAGGGCGCAUUCAAGCAGCCAUGGCGGCGUUGCUGCUGUGGGCUUAGCUGCUGUGUGUUCUUUUAUUUGCCGUCGUGAGGUGCAGGGGCGGGCGGCGCUGAGGGAGGCGCAGCGUGUGGGAGGGCGAUGGUGGACACGCUGCGGCGCGCAGCAGAGGCGGGCGAGGGAAGACCCCGCAGCUUUAAGCUGUGCACGGCGUCGGCUGGCGCGAAGCUUCCCUUUGGGCUGCGUUUUUAUUCUUCUCCUUUUGGCAUCUUAG